AAAAGUGUGAGUUAAAGUGUUUAUGAGAAGCUUAUGACUCUCGAUCAGAUCAUCCGCGAGGACGGCACAGAAUUGUUGUGUUCCUUGAGGAAUUGAGGUAGUGACGUCUUUUCUGAUACCCGAUUAUUACGUGACUGAAAAAAAAACCUCAUUUGAUUCAUGAAUAAAAAUCCGAACGCCACAACAGUGCAACAAACAAUACCGCUGUCCUUAAAGGUAACAUGCAGACCGACGUUUACAAAGAAGGCUCUUGAUAAAGCAGGGUGUUUGCAAAGAUUUUGUUGCUAAUUGCGUAAAAUAAAAAAACACCCCGAGCUGCUGCGGAAGGCUGGUCAACUUUGGAGUCACCGAGCAAGAAGAAGGAGAAAGCAGCAGCUGAAGCGAGAAGCAUCUCAGUGAAGGAAAAGAUCAGGGGAAGAGAACAUCUCACUGGCGGCAGCUCCCACUAGCCCUGCUUCUGCCUCCCAUCCUCUCUCUCUCUCUCUCUCUCCUUCUUGUGAUCCUUUCUCUCUCUCCCACCCUCUGGAUUUCUGUCCUUUUCCCUUCCUCUCUUUUUCUUGCUGUCCUUUCUCUGGCAGACUCCACUCCAGCUCUGCGCUGCUACCUACAAACUUUUUGGAGCGGACCCCUGCAACAAAUAACUGCUGCUCUUCUGCCUUCGGCUCCUUUGCUGGUCAGAGAGGCGAUGCCGCAAGAGUUCUAACUAUUUCGGCUGAAAACUUGGGAGACAGUUUAUUAUUCUUUUUUUGAAAUCUACCCUGUAACUGCGCGGCCAAACGCUCUUAGUGCCGGGUGUUAAGAGUUUAAUGAGUGGAAAUGUGUAGCAAAGCGAUCCUAGCCUUACUCAUCUAUGGGAUAAUAAUGCACUGCAGCGUCUACUGCUCACCUGCUGCGGGACUUCCGUACUCUGCGCUAAGGCUGGAAGACGAAGUCUACGACGAGGAUGGGCACACGCUGCAGGACUUCGCCUUUGACAACGACCCGCUUGGCAUAGCGAACCCUUCCUCCCUGCUGGACGACGUGUACACCCUGUACUACCCGCCGGAAAAGAGGCACGCCGAUGGGAUAUUUAACAAAGCCUACAGGAAAGUCCUGGGCCAGCUCUCCGCCAGGAAAUACCUGCACUCUUUGAUGGCCAAGCGGGUGGGCGGUGCCAGCGGCCUGGAAGACGACUCGGAACCGCUCCCCAAACGGCACUCGGACGGCAUCUUCACAGACAGCUACAGCCGCUACCGGAAACAAAUGGCUGUCAAGAAAUACUUGGCAGCAGUCCUGGGGAAAAGGUAUAAACAAAGAAUUAAAAACAAAGGACGCCGAGUAGCGUAUUUGUAGCGAUGAGUAACUCACCACUCCUGUGUAUACAGAGCCCUAGAAAAAAAAGAAAAAAAAAAAGAAAAACAAAAACAAAA